GUGAGGGAAAGGACUGGAGUUAGGACAGGGUGCAGCGACCACAUCCUGUGACGAGGAGGCAUCUGUGACCUGUGUGAUCUGCCAGGCAAGCAACACAAGUCAUUGUACUGCUACAUCCUGCUACUGAGAUAGGAACAAAGAGAGGCUGGUCCUGCCUCUUGGUGCUCUCCGUUGGACACAUCUGCUGGGCAGUACUGGCUUUUACCAUAGGUAUGUUUCUGCUCUUCCUUCUCUCUUCCUCUCCCUCUCUCUUUUCCAGGGCACUCACACACACACUUGCACACAUGUGCACAGUUGCACACACACGCAUUGAACACAUGUGCACAUAUAUGUGUUUGCAUACACUUGCACACCCACACACCUGUGCACUAGCACCCAUUUGCACGCAUACCCACACACUUGCACACAUGUGCAUUUGCAGAAAUACACCCUUGCACCUGUGUGACACACCUGCACACUUGCACACACCCAUUUGCACACAGGCACAGACACACCAGCAUGCAUUUGCACACACAGCCACAAACUUGUAUACACAGCACUUGUACACUGACACACAUCUUGUGCCUAUGCAGUGCACACUUACACAUUUGCACACAGCUACGCCUGCUCACACAUUUGCACACACCCACCUACACACUUGCACACAUGCUACACACUUGAGCGUGCAGCACACAUACGCAUGUGCACACAGGCACAUUUGCACAUGCACACAGCAGUGGUACACACUUCUCUAUCACUCUCCCUAGUCACUGUUCUCCCCUGUGAUUCCCACCCCUCUGCUCGCCUCUGCUCACUUGCUGCCCCCUCCACUGGAAGGGACCUGGCCUGGUGCCCUGUCUCUGUCUGUCUCCACCGUGCAGGGAGGUUUCGCAAGGACUGGCUGAUAUCUCGCCUUGAGCUGGCCUGGCCGCAGCUGCUGCUGAGCGGAAGUUUCUUAGGGGCGAGGCUGAGAGGAAACCAUACUCUCGCUCGGGUUCCUGCAGCUCUGGCCUCUGGGGAGGGGUGCAGGGUUGUGUGGGUGUGAGAUGGCUUUGAAGGAGGGACAGCGUGAAGCUUUUCUCUGGGUCUCUUCCGUCUCCAGGAGAAAACUAGGCCACUGUGCUCCAGGAGAAGGGAAAACCCGUGGCCCCCCCAGGCUGGGCCCCCACUGGCAAACUGGGCUCCCAGGCCCUUCUCAGCCAUGCCUCUGUCUCUGCCUUGUCAGGCUUAUUCUUCGGGCCUUUGAAGCAGCCUUUGGUGGGCAAACAGGAUCUCAGGGAGCCCUGGCCUGUCUCCUCCAGAGUUGUGCCUUGGCCCUGGGCAGGGGCCACCAUGGGCUGUUAAUGUAGAUGGCAUCCCCUAGAGGUGUGCAGUGUGGGGGCAACCCUGAGGUGGCAGCCCAGCCCCCUGUCUGCAGCUUUUGCUACCCAGCCCAGCUCCAGCUCUGUCUCUGUCACCGGGGGUGGUGGGGGAGGCCGGAGCUCAGGGACAGGGGCACUCCUGGCAGAUUGUCCCCGCCCCAGGUGGAAGGGGAGGGAGGAAGUGCCCAUCCUCCAUACUCCUAUCCUGCCAGCGGGGUGGGCGCUACUAUGCAGGGGAAGAUCUGGCUAAAUAAUGACGCUGAGCUUGGGACACAAGCCUUCUCCGUGCACCUACUGUGUGCCAAGUACCAUCCCAAGUGCGUUAUGGAUGGUAACUUGUACAGUGACUCAGAAGGCACCACUACAAUCACCCCCAGUUUCUGUCUGGUUCCAGUCCUGGCCACAAAACUAAUAAGCAGCAAAUGGAUUUGAUGUGAUUUUAUCCGAACCCGGGCAGGCUGGCCCAGAGCCCACCGUCUAACCAUUGAGCCGUCCAGCCUGUCAAGAGUCCAGGCUCACUGGCGUCGCACCCCUCUGUCAUUUCCCAGGGAAACAAGUUCUAGCAGCCCCUACCCUGUGGGCACUUUGGCCCAGACUCCCUGCCUCCCUGCCUUUCAUGACAGGAGCCAAAGAACAGUCUCCUUUGCAGGAAAGGAGCCCAUCGGGGGUCUUCUCUUGCAGGCUCUGUCUUGUGUGUGGGUCCUGAGCUUUCUCAUUGAGUAAGGGGAGAAGGCAGCAGGGUCAGUCCAGUGCAGAGUGGAUGGAGGCUGGUUGAGGCUCUCUUGAAACCCCAAACCCAGUUGGGAUCCUCGGGGAAGGAUCCUUAGCUGGGUCCUGACUGGUUCUUCCAGAGGUCAGUGGGGCACGUGGCUGGAGCCCAAACAGGAGGGAAGGAGCAAUGGUGGCCCGAGUCCUGGGGUGACCAGGCCCUGAACCUGCCCUGCUGGGACCCCAUUCCCUGACUCUAGGCCCCCUUUCCCCACCACGCAGGACACCAGGCUCUUGCCUUAAGAUAGGAAAGGAAAUGCCUUAUGGUGAACAAUUCUCCAGGUCUCUAGUGUAGCUCCAACAGGUGCCAGAGGGACAUGGCAGGUGACCCUGGGCUCCUAUGACCCUGACUUUACUUGCUGUCGUGAGGUCAAUCUCCUACCUUGACCCACCUCCUGCCUCUGCUUUCAGAAGGGCAGAAGGGAGGGCCUCCUCCAGCUUCCCAGCCGCCUCCCACCUCCUGCCGCCUGGCAGCGCUGGGCCCCCCAGCAGCAAGGUUCAGGAGGGGAAGAACCUCUCGCAGGUGAACAAAUUGCUGCACAUCAGACACAUUCUUUUCAAGCCUCAUUUUCUCUCCUUUUCAUGCUAACUUUCCCGCUAUUAAAGAGCAUUUUUAAAAAGAAGAUGAAAAAAGGGAGAGAGAAAAGAAGGAUGAAAGUGUGAGCGGGCACCCGGAAGUCCUUUUCAAUUGCCUGCUGCUGUGUAGGGUCUGAUCUAAGAGCAAGAAAUUGGAGGAUGCUGGAGGGGCAAGGUUUCAUUUCAGUCCUGCCUGUUGGGCCGAGUCCGGGGCGGGGAAGGAGAGGUGAUGGAGGUGGUCCUGGCUGGGCCCUGCGGCCCUGGAGCCUGCCACCCAGCCCCUGGCCUGUGCCUGGCACAGGAAGCCCCUCAAAAAUUUCUUGUUGAAUGAAUGAAAGAAAAGAAAUCAGUGGAUGGAGAAGGGCUGGAUUCUUUUGUGGGGACCUUCCACACCACCUUCUCUGUGGGGCUCUAGGGCUGGCUGAGAAAGAAAGGACAGAUUUGGAAAAGGUCAGGCAGGAGCUGGAAAAGCAUUAGGUGGACCAGGCCUGCUACAGCAAGGCCACGCCUGCACUGCUGCCGCACUGGUGACAUCCAUGGGUGCAGCCACGGUGGGUGGGCACAGUUUCACAGGGGAUGGGGGCUGAGUCUGGGUUGGGUGGGCGACCCCUUCCCCUUCCCUACCCCUUUCCCCACCAGUAGGUACUAUUGGGUCUGAGUGAAGAAAAAAGCUCAGGAACAUGCCAGGAAAGUGUGACCAUGAUGAUACCUCUGAGAUGAACCCAAGAAGAAACAGCAGAGUAUUAUACAGGGGAACAGGACUCAGGGUGGGCUUCAAGUAUCAUUAAACAUAAUCAAAUAUUGAAAAAGUUAUUAUUAGCUGGGUGCAGUGGCUCACACCUUUAAUCCCAGCACUUAGAGAGGCCAAGGUAGGAAGAUCAGU